CCACCUUCUAAAGCCUAUAAACACUGAGUUUCCUGUUUCAGACUCACACUGGAACAUUUGAUAGAAACGACAAAAAGACCUCCACCCCUCGCAGUACCAGUAUAAAUAAGCAUCUGGGCACCAAUUCAGACAAAAGGUUGCUUUGAACAACUCCUCAGGCUGCACCAUGCGAGUUCUUGUGUUCCUGCUGCUGGUAGCAGUGGCCAGUGCUAAGGUGUUUAAGAGGUGUGAGCUGGCCAGGACACUGAAGAAUGCUGGGAUGGACGGUUACAUGGGAGCAACCUUAGGAGACUGGGUUUGCAUGGCCAAGUGGGAAUCAGGCUUUGACACAAAGAAGGUCAGCCACACUCGUCACUCCUUACUCUACGGAAUCUUCCAGAUCAGCAGCGAGCACUGGUGCAAGGAUGGCAAAACUCAGUCGGACAAUCACUGUAAAACCCGGUGUGCAGUGUCCCAGUGA